AUGUCUUGGUGUAAGAAGAAUAUACAAGAACGUUGGGAAAAGCGAUUUGCUUUACGAGUCGCAGAGCACGACGAAUCCAUUCUUGUAUGGAAUUGGUUUUCAGCUGCUGAACUUGGAAAGACUAUUACCGAGUACUGGUCGGCAUGGUAUGAACAUGCCGAGAAAGAUCUGUAUAGUGCAGACUCGUCCAGACCCCUUAUCAAACCAGAUCCAAAUUACGUUCACGACCUCGAUGAUGUUCGCCCGGAGCUGUUCACACAGAUCCUCGUGGACGGAGAAACUGAGUUCGUACCGGAUUUGAGGAAGAUAGGACUACUCGGAAGUCGUUGGAUAGUAUCGCGAAAGCGCAAUACUAAUCUUUUCGACCUUGCAAAUGUGUGGAAGAAAACAGUCUUUCGUAAACUGGAUGAAGACAUCGCUGAAAAAGGUGGUGUUGUUCCCGAAACUCAAAACGUUAAUGAAACUUAUCAUUCUGCUUUAGUUGAAGCUGCUGAACAGAUAAGUAUCGAAAGUGAUAACGAGAUAAUACUUCAUAGACGUUCAAUCUCACAAGAGAGGGAACAUCCAGAAUUCGGCAGAAUAUCCAAAUCUUACAACCGAUGA